AAACUGAUGUUCCGAAUUCCCGAAUGUUGCCGAACAGUCUAGAAUUAUUCUGUGUCGAAGACGGUGUUGCUUAAAUUCAUUUUUGUAAGUCAACGAGACAAAUUUUGAUGAACUUUUAUACUUUUGCAAAAAACUAUUGAACGGUUUACAUUUCCUGAACACGAUAAUUUUGGCGUAUCAUCAAACGAUCCUUUUCUUCAAAACAGAGAACAAUAUUUCGAAAAAAUCAAAGCAAGGUUAACCUCUAAAAGACAUUUUCUGGAAGACCUGCGUCAGCUGUGCGUGAAUUACAGCAUCGUUAAAGAUGGCCAAGUGGGGCGAAGGUGAUCCUCGUUGGAUUGUUGAAGAACGACCGGAUGCAACCAACGUAAACAACUGGCAUUGGACCGAGAAAAAUGCAACACCCUGGUCAAAGGACAAGUUAAAAGCAUUGUUGCAAGAUUUUGUCAUCAGUAAAUCUGGACAGGAAUGUAAAAUUGUCGAGGUUGAAAAGCUUGAUGGUGAAGCAACAGCCAACAAUAGGAAAGGAAAGCUAAUAUUCUUCUACGAGUGGAAUAUCGUACUUAAAUGGAGUGGGAUAGUUGACGAUGAGGAUGUAACUGGAAAGGUUACAAUUCCUAAUUUGUCCGAGGAAAACGAUAUCGACGAAGUUGAACUAACAGUGUCAGUGGACACAUCCAACAAUGCUUCGGAAAAGCUGAAAGUGUUCAUGUACAAUAUAGGACGUGAUAAGCUGCGGAAACAGCUUCAAACGUACGUGGAAACACUGAAGAGUGAUUUUGCUAAAGGCCUCAUUCUGCCGAAGAAAGGCGAAGAGCAGAACGGAAUAACGACUGUAAAACCGGAUAAAGAGACGGUUUAUGCUAGUGGUUUCAAUAGGCAGAAAAUCGAAUUAGAGACUGUGACCAGCGGGACCAAACAAACUGGUUUGAAGCUUGAUGUGAAAACGCUUGAAACCGUAGAACGGUUUCAAUGUCGGGCUCAUGAGCUGUACGAUGCGCUUACCCGCACGGAUAUGGUGACCGCCUUCACAAGGGGUCAUGUUAAAUUGGAUCUCUUCAAGGGAGGAGAGUUCGUAUUGUUUGGUGGCAAUGUUAGUGGAACAUAUGUUGAUAUCGUUCCUAACAAGAAAAUUACUCAAACAUGGCGAUUGAAGCAAUGGCCUGCGGGACAUUUUUCAAAUGUAGUAAUGGAGUUGAUUGAGAUGGAAGAUCAUACUGAGCUAAAAUUGACCCAAACGAUGAUACCGGCCGCUGAGUUUGAAGCAACCAAGACUAAUUGGAGCCGCUAUUAUUGGGAUAGUAUUCGAUCUGCUUUUGGAUUCGGCACCUUCCUAUAUUAACAGCAACAGCAGCCCAGGGGCAUACAUUAAGGUAUUGUCUACCGAAGCGUGAUCAUCUAUAGCUUAUGCAUACAAUUUUGGUCUGUGAAUGUUUACGAACGAAACUGAAUAAUAGAUACAGAUAGUUUAAAAACGCUUUCUCGACGAGAAAACUAUAAAAAGUCUUUGUAUUAUCCAAUCUAUCUGAACCGUCUGAAAAAAAAGUGGUUUAAAUGUUAUUAGUUUCUGCUUGAUAAUAGAAUUGCCACUACUUAUUGUAA